AAAAUUGCAAUUGGUAUUGAUCUGGGAACUACGUACUCAUGUGUGAGUGUCUUCCAGAAUGGCAAAGUUGAAAUAAUUGCCAACGACCAGGGCAACAGAACCAUGCCUUCCUGUGUGGCCUUCACAGACACAGAACGCCUCAUUGGUGAUGCGGCAAAGAACCAGGUGGUGUCGAAUCCAAACAACACAAUCUUUGAUGUAAAAAGAUUAAUUGGCUGGAGGUUUGAUGACUACAACGUCCAGCCUGAGAUGAAAUAUUGGCCUUGUAAUGCCAUCAAUGAGUACGCGAAGCCCAAGAUUCAGGUAGAGUACAAAGGAGUAAGUAAGAAAUUUUGUCCGGAAGAAAUUUCCUCAAUGCUGCUUAUGAAAAUGAAGGAAACAGCGGAAGCAUAUUUGGGAACUACAGUGAAGGAUGCAGUUAUUACUGUGCCAGCGUACUUCAAUAAUUCUCAGCGCCAGGCUACCAAGGACGCUGGAACCAUCUCUGGUCUCAAUGUGCUGCAUAUCAUUAAUGAACCCACCGCCGCUGCCAUCGCUUAUGGUUUUGACAAGAAUGUUAUUGAUGACCGCAAUGUGCUCAUCUUCGAUCUCGGCGGUGGUUCUCUUGAUGUAUCAGUUUUGACCAUCGGGGAUGGCGAAUUUCAAGUGAAGUCAACUGCUGGUGACACUGAUUUGGGUGGUGAAGAUUUUGAUAAUCGUUUGAUGAAUCAUUUCCUUCGAGAGUUUAAGCUCAAGUACAAGAGAGACGUUGGUGAAAGCAAGCGUUCACUUGUUCGCCUCCGAAUUGCUUGUGAACAUGCUAAGCGUACACUGUCCUCCACUACAAGUGCCACUGUAGAAAUAGACUCAUUCGAAGGUGUUGACUUCCACUCAUCGAUCACUCGUGCUCAAUUCGAAGAGUUGUGUGAAGACUUGUUUCUUGUCUCUAUUGACUUAGUUGAAAAAGUUCUCAGUGAUGCGAACAUGGACAAAGGCCAAAUUCACGACAUAAUCCUUGUGGGAGGUUCUACUCGCAUCCCAAAGAUCCAGAAGCGUUUGAAAGACUUUUUCGACGGAAAGGAACCGAAUCAAUCUAUCAAUCCUGAUGAAACAGUGGCAUGCGGUGCAGCUGUUCAGGCUGCUAUUUUGUGUGGUGGAAAGUCCACACCUGUUCAACAUUUCAUUGUAUUAGAUGUUACGUCCCUCUCCCUGGGUAUAGAGACACCCAAGGGCAUGAAGAGUGGGUUUAUCAAGCGCAACACACCCAUUCCAAUGCAGAAAAAGUAUAAUUUCUCCACCUUUGUAGAUAACCAGUUGAAUAUAAAUUUUGGUGUUUACGAGGGAGAGCGUUGGAAGGUUGUAGCCAACAAGCUUCUUGGGCGCUUUGUGUUAACUGGUAUUCCAUUGGCAACUCGACGUAUACCUCAAAUCGAAGUCACCUUUUCUAUCGAUGCCAAUGGUAUCCUGAAUUUGUCUGCACUAUGCAUGAGUACUGCAAAAGCGUACAGUAUCACCAUCCUUGAAGAUAAGGAUCAUCUGAGCAAAGGGGAUAUUGAGCGUAUGGCGCAAGAGGCAAAGAAAUACAAGGCUGAAGAUGAAAAACAAAGGGAACGAAUUUCUGCCAAAAGUGCACUAGAAUUUUGUUGUUUUAAUAUUAAGUCUUUUAUGGAAGAAGGAAAGUUUAAGAACAAUGUUUCUGAUGACGACAGAAACACUAUGCUGGAAGCUUGCAACGAUGCAAUCAAAUGGUUAGAUGACAAUGAACGUGGCGAGACGGUCCAAUUCGAGCACAGAAUGAACAAAUUAAAUCGAAUAUGCAGCCCAAUCAUCAAGAAAAUUCGCGAAUCAUCUGAAGGUGCUUGUGGAGGAUCCCCCGACACAGACAAGAAGAUGAUUGAGGCCCCCAUCAGUGAAGAGGAAGGUCCAAAUCAGAGGCAAAAUAUCAAAACCAAGAACAGUGAUGAACGACGAGAACGUAACAUAUCGAGGAACGUGUUGCGGUGUUAUUGUGAGUACUUAAAGUGGUUCAUGGAAGAGAACUACGGGAAGGUGGUGAGCGAGUGUAACAGAACUAUUAAAUGGCUUCACGACAACCCAGAAGCCAGCAAGGAAGAAUGCCAAGACAUGAGGCAACGGGUUGAGAAAGUCGUCCAGGCCACCUUGACCAACCUUAACCAUGGCGCUGGUAGCAACGGUGGUUCUGGUGCUGUGUGAAUGAUCUUACAAGAGAUUUAAGGAAUUUACGCUGU